AUGACCAAAUGGGCGAAUCUCCUUGCCAAUGGCGUCCGACUCGAGCCAGGAAGUCCGGCUCCAGUCCGCAAGGAGUUACGAGACCUGUCUGAUAAGGAGCUGUACCUCUUCCUCGAGGGUCUUGAGAAACUCAAGAGAGUUGACAAGGACGAUCCACUGUCCUACUUUCAGUUGGCCGGAAUUCAUGGCGUGCCUUACCGGACUCCAUGGCCCAGAACAGCAACAAAGGAAGAGUUGGACGUAUCCAAGGGUGCACUAAGAGGCUUUUGCACCCAUACCUCGAUCAUCUUCUUGACAUGGCACCGUCCUUAUCUCGCCCUCUUCGAGUCGGCUCUUCACAGGCACGUCCAAGACGUUGCUAUUGGAAUCCCUGACACAAAUCCAGAGAAGGGCGAAUACCUUUUGAUUGCCAAGAACCUGCGUCUUCCAUACUGGGAUUGGGCUCGACCCGACAGAACAGACCUAUUUCCUUCAUUGGCGAACCAGGAAGAGUAUACACCAAUUGUUCCUAAUCCAAAUUCCACAGCUUCUGAUUUGAAGGAAAAUGCCGUUAACCCGCUUUUUAAUUACAAGUUUCCACGAAACAGGCCCAAUGACAUAUCGGAGACGGAGAUAACUGAGAGAUAUCCGCAGCAGAACGAGCUGUGGGACCUGAUCAGGAACCCUCAGACUGCAGACAAAACAAAUAUCCGAAGGUCCAUCAACGCUGCGAAAAAUCUUUCUGAGCGGGUAGCGUAUAUACUGAAGUCAUAUGGCCGGUAUGAUACCAUGAGCAAUAAUAGGUGGUUCAACUCGGAGGAUGGCGGCAACCCUGACAGAGCUCCGCUCAAUGGCAUUGAGACAUGGGGAAGCUUAGAAGGUAUUCACAACACUGUUCACAAUGCCGUCGGUGGAGGCGGUCACAUGGGAAGUCCUGCCACAGCUGCAUUCGAUCCAAUAUUCUGGCUCCAUCACUGCAACAUUGAUCGACUCUUCGCCAUCUGGCAAGGCUUGCAUGAUGACGGUUCUCCUGAUGCUUGGGUUACGAAGAGAAAAGGCGGAGACGGAACUGCAAUGCUCCCACGAGGUUCCACUGAAGACGCUUCCACAAAAUUGUACCCCUUCAAGUUUGAAGAUUCUCCAACGGGCUGGUUCGACUCCACUAUGGUGAAGAGGACGGAACGCUUUGGCUAUGCAUACCCAGAAACCUUGGGUCUCUCGUACCCGGUGUCCAAAGAGGCGAAAGCAAAGCUGACUGCGAAGGUCGAUGCUUAUUAUCAACCUUUGUCCAGAAAUAUUCAACUCAGCAAGCGCAGAGUUGAGACGGCGGGCCAGGACCUCCUUGCACCAGCUAUGAUGCACAAAGCCAUGGCCAGUCAAGAGACUGUGAACACUGCAACAGCAUUCACAGUCGUACCAUCUCUUCCUCCAACACAAGAGUUGCUUGCGCAAUCGCUCAAACCCGAGAUGCCUUUCUUGCGAGACUUGGCGCCUGACAACAAGUACCUGGAAUGGCUAGUUAACAUAAAGGCCUUGAAGCACUCUUUACGUGGAAGAUACCAGGUUCAUAUCUUCUUGGGACCCGUACAGGAAGACAAUGUCAUCCUGUGGCCGUUAUCGCCGAACCACGUUGGCAUGUUCUCGCCCUUCGGACAGACUGAGACGACAGGCUGUGAGAAAUGCCAGCAAGAUCAAGAUGAUAAUGUUCACGUCACGGGCCAGAUCCCACUUACAGUUGCCCUGGCAGAACGAUACCUUGCACAGCUCAUCCCAGAUUUAGGACCGACAACCGUAGUCGACUAUCUCAAGAGGAAUAUGCAUUGGAGAGCUACUCUAGACGGCACUGUAAUCGACCGAUCCCGUGUCGAUGGUCUUAUAGUUGCGAUCACGUCUAACGAAGUGACCCUGCCCGACGAUGAUGGCCAACCGGUGUACUCGCCAGAAGUAAAGGUGUGGGCCGAAGCCACUACUAACCUGGCAGGAGACGCAGGAAGGGGAAAUGAUACCGGAUAUGCCGGGCCAGAUGGAGUGUUCUCUGCUGAUACGUAA